GCCAAGUGCAUGAUUCCAUAUUUCAACGCACAGUACAAAUUUGACAAAUACCAGUGAACAAGUGUAUAGUGAAAAACAAAUCCAAAAGAUCAAAAAUGGCUAAACAGGCCGAACUAGAAGUUGGCAUGAAAUGUGUCAAAUAUAUGUUAUUCGUGGCGAAUUUUAUGUUUGUGCUCGUUGGUUUCCUUCUAAUAUCCAUCGGAACGACGAUAAAAGCCAUCUAUGGAGACUUUGAAGUGUUUAUGGAGAACCACUAUUAUAGCGCGGCCAAAUUGGCAAUUGCUAUUGGAGUCAUCAUCUUCUUCGUAGCCCUAUUUGGGUGCGUUGGAGCUGUCAAGGAGAGCGUAUGUCUCGUCAAUACGUAUGCUUUCUUCCUUUUCUGCGUCCUCAUUUUGGAAGUCUCCGUCAGCAUCGCCGCCUAUGUGAUGAGAGGUAACUUGGAGAGCACGCUUAAGAGAAACAUGUUGAAUUCUUUGCAAUAUAACGAAUCAUACACCACUCAGUAUACCUGGAACGCAACGCAGUACAAUUUGCGUUGCUGUGGUGUAACCGGGCCAUCAGAUUGGAGCGACGUCAGCGACCUCUACGACCUUAAUACAGUAGUAGGCACCGAUAACACCACCAUUUUCCUCGUUCCUGACACCUGCUGUAUCAAUGAGAGCUGCACGAGUGAGGACAGUAUUUAUGAGUUUGGUUGCCUCAAUAGAAUUACUUACAUCGUGUCGGAGUGCGCUUUACUCUUAGCUGUUGGAGCUUUAUGUGUGUCGUUUAUACAGAUCCUGGGUAUCAUAUUCUCCCACCUUCUGGCUAGGUCGAUUAGACGUCUCAAGACCCAGAUGGCUGUGGAGAAGAUGGAAAGAAGACAACACAUUUACGAACAACUCGCCAAGUCGGGCCAGAGCGAAAAGGUGUCGCCUGUGCUUUACACACCUACUUCUUCCGAAGCUUAGUAUCAAAUAAGGAACAGAAAUUGAAAAAAGUAUUCACUGUGUUGGAUUUAUAGGGUAGGUAUGUAAUUUUAUUUAAUGUGUAAGAUAUUGUUUCAUUGUGUUUAUGUAAAUACAAUAUUUUAGUUCUGUGUAAACUGUAUUUAAAAAUACAAUUGCAGUUUAUAUUUUUGA